AUGGUUGAUCAGGAGACGAGACCACCACCUGUUCUGCAAACUGGCGACGUCCAAAUAGCAGUCAAGGCAACAGGUAUUUGCGGCUCGGAUUUGCAUUACUACCGUCUCGGACAGAACGGAAAUUUUGUUGUUCAAGCGCCACUCGUCCUGGGUCAUGAAGCAUCAGGCGUUGUUACUGCUGUUGCUGAGGGCGCAAAUGGGGACGUCCAACCCUCGAAUCUCAGAGUCGGCGACAGAGUUGCCCUGGAAGUCGGAUUCCCUUGUCGCUCGUGCGGUCUCUGCACCAUAGGUCGGUACAAUCUAUGUUCCAAGCUGUCAUUCAGAUCUUCCGCAAAGACAUUCCCACACAUUGAUGGCACCCUGCAAACGGUGAUCUCACAGCCAGCCGCUAUGUGCCACAAGCUACCAGAAAAUGUCACCUUCGAACAAGGUGCCCUGGUAGAGCCCCUGGCCGUCUCGCUACAUGCAUUGAACCGCAGUCAAUCUGGGGGAUCUGGAGUGGGAUUACCUCUGGUCGGGUCCAGUGCCUUGGUCUUGGGAGCGGGUGCCGUGGGAAUGUUGACUGCUGCUGCCCUGUCAGUUGCUGGAGUAUCCAAGAUUGUCAUCGCAGACAUCGACGGCCCCAGAUUAAAGAUCGCCGCAACACUGGGUGGUGGCAAGUUUAAGUUGAAGACAUUCCUCAUUCCUCGAAAGCCACCUGCGCAGGCCAUCUCGGAGAUCCUGUCGGAAGCACAGGAACAGGCAGCAGAGAUCUGCAAGUCAGAGGGAUUAGAAACGGGAUUUGAUCGAGUAUUUGAGUGCUCUGGUGCUCCACCGUGUGUGCAGAUGGGCGUGUAUGCAACGGCAGCAGGCGGGAAGCUGGUCUUGGUUGGAAUGGGCACACCAGUUCAGACCUUGCCUUUAGGUGCAGCUGCUUUGCGAGAGGUGGACAUCAUCGGCGUCUUCAGAUACGCCAAUUGCUAUCCUGCUGCCAUUGCGCUUUUCGCCAGUGGUCAAUUAGACGGUGUUGCAGAGGAUCUGAUCACGCAUCGGGUGGCACUUGCAGAUGGAGAGAAGGCAUUCAGAGUAGCGUCUAAUACCGGAUUGGAGGGAGAGGACGAAGGGAGAGUACCUGUCAAAGUGGUGAUCACAUCAUGA